UCUCCUCCUCCAUUAAAACCAAAGAAGUAGUAGUAAAACCAAGAUGGCGGCCUCCAUGCUAUGCGUGAGGACGUCAAUGUUCUUCAGGACUUUAAAGGGAAUAUCAGGCUCAAAAACUCUACUUUCUGCAAACCCGCAGACGUUAUUACUGCAGACAGCUUCUUAUAACCCUAAACCUUUGAAACGGAACCUGCAGGGCCCCUAUAUUCCCGAUAAAGACAGCGAAAAGACUCCCGAGUGGCAGAAAACGCCUCGGUUUGACCGGAAGCUGUUUGGUCGGUACGGGUCUGCUUCGGGGAUCGACCCCACGUCUCUGUGGCCGAACCAUGAGCAGCUGGAGAGGAUCAUCGAGGAGGAGAAUCAGUGGCAUCCUCCUUUAGAGGUGAUGCUGAAGAACCUGCGGGAGAAGGAGAGGAAGGACACCGAGAAACGGCUGGCGAAGGAGAAACUCAUCGCAGCCAACAUGGCCAAAAUGCCCAAGAUGGUCGCUGAGUGGCGCAAAGAGAAGCUUCAGACCAAGAUGAAGUUGAAGGAGGAGAAAACCCGCCGCACAAAACUGCUCGCCGAGGCCCGGGAGAGUCUGGGUCAAACUCUGGACCCCCGCAACCACAAGUUCCUGGAAAUGGUUGCAGAUCUAGAGAAGGAAGAGAAGAAGAAGCAGAAACUGAUGAAGCGCAGGCUGAAGCAGGAGCAGGCGGCGGUUCCUCUCGCUCCUCCCCCUGCCUCCACGUAGCUCAGAGUCAGACGUGAGGUUCUGCCGGGCCUCGUGAGACUGUAAUCAAGGGCGGAGGGUGGGCUGCACUUCAGCGGGACACAUGGUUAGAGAGUAACCGAUGGCUUCUGCAAAAAAAACUACAUCCCUUUUCCCUUUGUUGAUAACUGUUACUCUGUGUUUGAAAUAAAUACACUUCUUUCCUGUUUGAA